CAUUUUGCUCUUCUCUUCUAUCCCAGUUGCACUCUGGGGGAAGCACUUUGUGGUCCCUGUCAGGCUGAGGAUUUCCCUGAAGGAUUUCAGCAAUGCCAAGGCAGGAGAUGCCGUGUGCCUGCUGAGGCAGGGCUGGGGCAGAGGGAGGGCUCCUCCCUGCUGGAGGGAGCUGGGGAGCAGCUCCUGUGCAUCCAGGAAAAGCAGAUUCCGAGUGCUCCUGGCGUUCUGGGACACCUUCCACUAUCCCAGGCUGCUCCAAGCUGGCCUUGGACACUUCCAGGGAUGUGGCAGCUGUGGAUUCUCUGGGAAACCUCAGCACCCUCCCCCUGAGUGCAGUCCUCAGCUGCUGACCAGUGCUGUGUGCUGAGCUGUGCAGGAGGUGCACAGCACUGCAAAUCAAAGCCUGCAGCAUUUAACAUCACCUCUGGGUCCCUCUGCACCAGCAGCAGGACAUGGAUUCUUCCAGGAAUAAAUGAGUUUUUCUCUGCCAUACCAGAUCUGUGAGCAGGAGGGGGAGCCUGCACCGGGAUCCUGCCUGCUCUCCCCACAUCCCUCGAGAGGAGGAAAACACCACGGUUCCUUCGCUGAUAAAAUGGGAAGCAGCAUGUCCCCAGCAGCCCGGGAAGGGAAGCUCCAGUCCUCGCCUGGGGGGCAUCCCUGGCAGCUCUGCAGCUGGCAGGACACAGCCCUGUGCCACUGAGGGCCCGGGGGCUGGGCCAGCAUGUCCCUGCAGAGCCGCCGGGGCCAGCUGCUGCUGGUCAACUCGCUGACCUUCGGGCUGGAGGUGUGCCUGGCCGCCGGCAUCACCUACGUGCCGCCCCUGCUGCUGGAGGUGGGCGUGGAGGAGAAGUUCAUGACCAUGGUUUUGGGGAUUGGCCCCGUGCUCGGGCUGGUGUUUGUGCCGCUGAUCGGCUCGGCCAGCGACCACUGGCACGGCAGCUACGGCCGCAGGAGACCCUUCAUCUGGGUGCUGUGCCUGGGGGUGCUGCUCAGCCUGUUCGUCAUCCCCCACGCCAGCAGCCUGGCCAGCCUGUGUGCGCUCAACCCCCGGCCUCUGGAGAUCGCCUUCCUCAUCCUGGGCGUGGGGCUGCUGGAUUUCUGCGGCCAGGUGUGCUUCACCCCGCUGGAGGCUCUGCUCUCCGACCUGUUCCAGGAGCCGGACAGCUGCCGCCAGGCUUUCUCCAUGUACGCCUUCAUGGUCAGCCUGGGGGGCUGCAUUGGCUACCUGCUGCCGGCCAUCGACUGGGCCUUCCUGGCCCCCUACCUGGGCGGGCAGGAGAGCUGCCUCUUCAGCCUGCUGGCCCUCAUCUUCCUGGGCUGCGCGCUGGCCACGCUCUUCGUGACGGAGGAGGCCGCGCCGGGGGACGCCCCGGAGGGCCCGGCGCUCAAGGACUCGUCCCCAGGGGUGUCCCCGUGCUGCUGGCAGCGGGCCCGGCGCUGCUGCGCGCUGCAGGCCCGGCCGGCGCUGCAGGCCGCCCGCGGGCUGUGCUCGCUGCUGCCGCGCCUGCCCGGCCCGCGCUGCCGCGUCCCCGCCGCCAUCCGCCGCCUCUUCGUGGCCGAGCUCUGCAGCUGGAUGGCCCUCAUGACCUUCAUGCUCUUCUACACAGACUUUGUCGGGGAGGGGCUGUACCACGGCGUGCCCAGGGCCCAGCCGGGCUCGGAGGCCAGGCGGCACUACGAUGAAGGUGUCCGCAUGGGCAGCCUGGGGCUCUUCCUGCAGUGCAUCACCUCCAUCUUCUUCUCGACAAUCAUGGACCGCCUGGUGAAGCACUUUGGGACGCGGGCAGUGUACCUGGCCAGCGUGGUGUUCUUCCCUGGGGCAGCCUGUGUCAUGUGCCUGUCCCACAGUGUCACCGUGGUCACCAUCUCGGCUGCCCUGACAGGAUUCACCUUCUCUGCCCUGCAGAUCCUGCCCUACACGCUGGCAUCCCUCUACCACCACGACAAACAGGUAUUUCUGCACAAAUACAAGAGGAAAGAGGAGGAAGACGCCGCUCUGCUGGACAAGAAAUCCGCCUUCUCCAAGGGGCUGCUGUCCAGCCAGAAGCUGCCUUACCAGAAUGGCCACACUGGGAGCCUCUUCUCCUCCUCCUCCUCCUCCUCCUCAGCCCCAUCCUCCCCCCCCAGCUCUGCUCGGUGCGACGUGUCCCUGCGGAUCGUGGUGGGGGAGCCGGAGCCGGGGGCCGCUGCCCGCGGGAUCUGCCUGGACCUGGCCAUCCUGGACAGCGCCUUCCUGCUGUCCCAGGUGCUGCCCUCGCUCUGCAUGGGCUCCAUCGUGCAGCUCACCCAGUCUGUCACCGCCUACAUGGUGUCAGCGGCUGCCCUCGGGCUGCUCGCCAUCUACUUCGCCACCAAAGUCGUGUUUGACAAGGGUGACAUGGCCAAGUGCUCCGUGUGACACCGGGGGGCAGAGCUGGCUCUGUGUGCCCGUGGGGUGGCACUGGGGUGGCACUGGGGUGGCACUGGUCCCCACGCUGCUGGGGCUGGGCAGCACGGGGUUAAUCUCAGGUGUAAAUAAGAGGCUUUGGGUGCUCAGGGCUUUCCAAAGGUGCCUUCAGCAGGGGCAGCAGGGCACGGCAGCACCAAAGGGCUUCUGCAGAGGGGGAGGGAGUUGGGGUUUCCUCUGCUCACGGGUCAUGGUCUGAGCAGGAGCAGCCACUGCCUCUGCUCCACCUCCAGCUGUGCCCUCUCCUCCUGCCUGUUGUGGUUUUACCCAACUUCUUGAGCAAUAUUUCAGCAAAUGGGACACUGGGAGGAGAUUUCCUGGGGAAAAAAAAAGCAGUGAGGUGGCCAAGGUUUGGCUGAGGGGGUGCACCCACAUUUCUGCCCUCCUGUCCUUCCCCACCUCGACCCAAAACCAUCCAGGGGAAAAGUUACUGUGCCUUGUUAUGGGAAAAACAAGGCACAUCCCAUUAGGACCAGUUCCAAAAGGUGACUUAACCUUUACCUAUGUACUGGCUUGCAUCAGAUAGAGAGAACUUCUGAGCUUUUUUUUUUUUUAAUGGUUGUUUUUACCUUUCUUCACACAGUUCUCAGUCACUGUGACCUCUCACUCCUCACCUCAGUGCCUGCAUUUGCUCUCUCCCUCGAGGAUCCAGAUUGUUGCGCCUGUUCUCAGACCCCUCCAAGGGAAAUCUGUGCCCAGAGGGGUUUUCAGUCCUGGGGCAGGGAGGCAGAGCAGGCAGAGCUCAGACCUAGAGCACAAACCCCAGCAGUCCUCAACCCUGCCUGGCCUAAACCAGCUGUUUUUAGCUGUGACUAAUUUAUUUUUUAUUUUUUUGUGGAGGUGUGUGGGCAGCCAGAGGCACUUGUGAGGUCGGGCUGGAGGGUGAAGUGUUGCUAUUUUGGCAGGGUUUUGUCAGCCUGUCCCUUGGCAGGGAGGCUGGGUGACUCCCCUGCUGUCUGAGCCGGGCCCUCAAAGGUUUGGGAUCGUCCCUUUCCCGUCAGGGGUCACUGUUUUCGUUUUAGUUCUUCUCAAAUUAUAGCCCUGCCAGCCUCCCUUUCCCACAGCCAGGCUGCCUGCUGACUGCAGCUGUUUUGGGGACAGAUUUGGCAGUGCCUUAACCACUUCCAGAAACGAUUUUUGGGGUCUGGGCUUCCUACCCCGGGCUCUGUCCACUGCAGGCUGCAGCAGGAAGGAUUGGGGACUAAAUCCUAUUGCCAGAAAUGGGCUUGAAUAAAUUCUCCCCCGACCCAAGAGUGAAAAGCCCUUUCUAUUUUUAAUAUUUCUUAUGUAAAUGUGAGGAGUUUGCCCUGCACAAAGCUGCUCUGAUGCUCAAAUGAUUUUGAUCAUUUAAGUGCCUAAAGUGCUUCCAUGCUGAGCUUCAGGUGAAGGGGUUUGGUGGGGAAGGCCUUAAAUUCUUCAUUUCAAGCCCCCAGGUGAUAAAGCAGAGGGGCACAGAGCUGGGGUUUAUAAUGAGAGAUGGGGCAAGCAGCAGGAGGACGAGGAAAUCUUUCCAAAAUUGCCUUUUUUGGCUUCUUCUGUGUCAGGAUCAUGUGUCAGACCAGCAAUGGAUGUUCUGGUCUGGGUAAGAGCAUCCCUUACCUGCUGUUACUGAUAUUCCCUGUGUGAGCACAGAAUUCCUCUGGGAUUUGGUCCUGUCUGGCCACAGGUUUGGGUACGAACUGCUCAGAGCUGGUGAGCAGCAGCUUUUUCUUUUCCAGGUACGAGGUGAAUCCCUCCCUCCCAGGUGAAUCCUCACCGUCCUCUGUGGAGCUGGGAUGUGGGGGAGGGAGAGCUGUUGUGUGAAUUCACUGGGGUAGGGAAGGACUGGGGGGAUGGAUGGAUGGAUGGAUGCUGGUUUUCCUUUUCGAGGUCACAUCCUGCCCGCCAGACGUUCGUGUUUUAUUUAUUCGGUAGAGUGAAUAUUUUGUAUACAGCGCGAGAGGAAGGCUUUUAUUAUAAAUUUUUAUGGAGAAAAAAAAAAAGGGGAGGG